AUGGCCAUUGCCCGACCCGUGAGGGCGCUAUUGCUCGCUGCCGUUCUCCUCUGGGCUCUCUUCGUCUUUUUGUUACUCAAACCGUCCGGCCUGAUCCGCGGCCCCGGCGAUCGAUACCUGAACUUUGAGCGCGAUCCCACCCUUGACCCCCUCGACGCAGCGACCGGCGAGCCCGAUGGCGUCCUCCGUCGCACCUCGGAGAAGUAUGCGCCCGAUGCCGAGGACAGCGCUCGCAUUCCGGCAACGCUGCUGGCGCUCGUGAGGAAUUCCGAGGUCGACGACAUGGUCCAGUCCAUGGGAGACCUUGAGAGGACGUGGAACAACAAGUUCAACUACCCAUGGACCUUUUUCAAUGAUGAGCCUUUUUCCGAAGAGUUCAAGAAGAAGACGCAAGCGGCGACAAAGGCCAAGUGCAACUACGAGCUCAUUCCCAAGGAACACUGGGCGACGCCCUCGUGGAUCGACAGCACGGUAUACGACGAAUCCACUUCCAUGCUCGCCGAAUCGGGCGUGCAGUAUGCCAAGAUGAUCUCCUAUCACCAAAUGUGUCGGUGGAACAGCGGCAUGUUCUACAAACACCCGGCUCUCAAGGACAUCCGGUACUAUUGGCGAGUCGAGCCGAAAGUGCAUUUCUUCUGCGACGUAGACUACGAUGUCUUUGCCUACAUGCAUGACAACAACAAAACCUACGGCUUCACCGUCAACCUCUACGACGACCCCAAGACCCUGCCGACGCUGUGGCCGGAGACGGUCAAGUUCCUCGCAGACAACCCACACCACGAAGUCCACAAGAACAGCGCGCUGAAAUGGUUGACGGACGACAAGAGACGGCCGGCCCACAACAUGAAUGCCCAGGGGUACUCGACCUGCCACUUUUGGAGCAACUUCGAGGUGGCCGAUCUGAACUUUUGGCGGAGCCCGGUCUACGAAGAAUACUUCAACCACCUCGACCGCGCCGGCGGUUUCUUCUACGAAAGGUGGGGAGACGCUCCCGUUCACAGCAUAGCCCUUGGCUUGUGGGAAGAUGCGAGCAAGAUCCACUGGUUCCGCGACAUCGGCUAUCAGCACAUCCCAUUCUUCAACUGCCCCAACUCACCCAAAUGCAAAGGCUGCGUCACCGGCCGUUUCACCGACGGCGAGGCCUGGCUCCACGGGGAAGACUGCCGACCAAACUGGUUCAAGUACGCCGGAAUGGGUUGA